UAUCUUUGAAAAACAUGCAUAAAUUUGGCUUUAAAGAUUUCAUGUGGUAGAAUAUCUCUACUGGACUACAAGUAGUUGUUCCGAAAGUUAGUGCUCUUUGUUCAUAUGCAGUGGCUUAAUCCUAGACUGAAUUUGAUGAGCUUUAGCUUCAGUUCAAUGGAUCUUACUGUAACCUAUUUCAUUACAUCCCUUUUAUCUAUUAUCCAAAAUACUUUCACUGUGUAUUUUUAGUAUAGAGAGUCGGGUCAAGUUACAUUUUGGCUAAGAUUUAAAUAGAUUGAUUUCUUAUUCUAAGCCUUAAAACAAUUUCUCACAGCUCUCUUCUGAACUCUUUCCAGAACUUUCAUUAACUUUCUUUUCAAAUAAUGAACAUCAAAAUGGGAAACAUUUGGCAGUGGUUCCAUUGGAAGUCUUUAUAGAAAUAAAGUCUCUGCAUCCCUCUAACUCCUACACAAUCCCCUGUUGAUACAAUUAUGGUAGCCUUGUAACUGCAGCAGUCUUUUAAGAGCUGGUGUUCCCGUCAUGGUGUCUGUCAAUCCUUAGUGUCCCUGUGUUCUAGGACACACUUGCCACAUACUUCAUUUUCACCCAGCUGCUGUGCAAUAGCAUAAAGAGAACAGGAGUGGAAGAAACAUCUGAAAUCUGUAAGGUAGCACAGAGUAUAAGAGAUGGAGUGCUUCCUCCUCAAGAAACAGUCUAACUUUAUGCACUACCUUAUCCUAUUAAGAGUUGCUUUGUUUAAGGGAAGGAUACUACACACAUUUCCUUCUGAUCAACGAGUAACUGGAAGGCUCCUAUCCUACUAAGGUGCUGGGUAUCUUCUGCCACCAAUUUCUAUUCUCAGGUGGUGCAGAUUCCCAGACAACAUAGGUGUGUAGAUGUGGUUCUUCCUGCUACCUGUAAAUUACUGUAGUAAUUUACACUAGAACUAUUGGGGAAAACCUUUGUAUAGUGUUGUUGUUAGAGUUCUCCCUUAAAAAAUUUACAAUCUUAUGUUCUUAUAAAUCAUUAGAAGCUCGACUACAAUUGACAGAGUAAUGCUAAUGUAUAAAGAAAAAUUUAGAAGUUGUCAGAAAGUCAUCAUUCCUACAGAACAGCCGUAAGUGUAACAUUUUUCUACGUAUCUUAAAUCCAUGUUAUUUCUGCUCUCUAUGAAAAUCUGCCUUUUUCUCUAGGUCUAGUCUUGCUCCCAAUUAUCACUAGCUCUGAACAGCCUGACAUAUUAACUUAGUGUACUUAUAUUCUCAUCUAUAGCAUUUUGUUCUCCUUAAGGAAUAUUUGCUAUAUCUUGAAUUAGUCCUUGGAUAAAACCAUUCUUCCUGAGAUGUGCUGAUGCAAGCUAUUAGGCAAGAGAUACUAUACUGUGAUCUAAGGUCUAUAGGACAUAAGAAAAAAAUGCUACUGCUACACUCCUAAGGACACCUACAAAACUCUAAGAGGUUAAGACUGCAUUUAAAGUUCUGUUGGCAAAAUUAUAUCUAUUAUACCUGUAAGUGUCAUUUCUCUCAAAACAUACCCUUACUACACAAGUCAUACACAUCUCUUAUUAGUAAAACUUAUUUCAUUUGGAGUUUAGCUGUACUGGUCAAUUUUUUAAUGCAGAAAAAGGCUUUCAGCCACUUUUAGUGGUUUAAGUUACUCCUUUCUGGAUCUUUGCAAUUUGGAUGACUAAUCUUCCUCUAGAAAAAAAAAAUUGCAUUUGAAAUGGCACGAAUGCAGUCAGCUGCUGCCAGAGGACACUGAUACCCUCACUAUCUUGAUUCCAACAGAUCUUUAUAUUUCUUUGAACAUCCUAUUAACCAUUCUACUCAAUGUUUGAGUUCCUAGAGAAAGUUACUACUGAUAAACACGGGUCAAGAUAAUUCCACUAACUAAUCCUAAAAGAAUAUGGUAUGAGUAAAGACAGAUAAAACAUGAAAACAGCUGAUACCAGCCAGCAAAGUGUUAAAACCUUUUUUUUCUAAAACAAAUCCAAUUUAAUUCUUUCAGGCCACUGUUUAAUUGCCAGAGGUAACAGCAACAGCUUCAAUGUACCUAGGUUUUUGUGGACGAUUCAAUUCACUUGCACAAGGCUGCAUAAUUAAAAUAAACCACUGGACAAUAUUAAUGUAUUUGUGUAUCACAUUAAUUAAAAAUUGUCUCACUGCCAAACCUCAAAGAACAGCUUUCAAAAGAAAUUUCCACUGAGUUAAACUGUUCAUUGUAAAGUUUCUGCAAAGUUGACACUUGGGCUGACAGUAUUUGACACCUUUAUGUAUGAACUAGGAGUCUGUAUAUAGCAACCUCCACAGCAUUUGCAGGAGGAGAGAGGUAUUUAUAUAGAUUGCUUGAUGUAGCUGCACUUUAUGUAAUUAAAAUUAAUUUUAAAGUAGACAGAUACAGAACUUCAGGUACUUAGACACAAGGAAUGGAGGCUGCUCCUACUGAGUAUAAGACUGCACCCUUUAAAGUCAUAACUCUUAACAAAAAUUUUGUGGCUAUCAUGGAUUUGUGAUGCAGUAUGAGCAUCCAGCAUGAUGCUAUGUAAUAGCAACCAAUGAAAGCUUUGGGAAGAUACACACUGGAGCAGUGAACCACAUAAGGAAAGGGUAUUUUAUUUCUGCAUGUGGCACUGGUUGACUGCCACUAGAAAACUAUGUAUAGCCCUCGGGUUCAUCUUUUCAAGAAGACAUUCAAAUUCUGAAAGAGACACAAAAAAGAAAAAAACAAAACAGGUAGAGAAAAUGUCUUUUGUUACUAAAAAGAAUCUGUUUAUCAGAAAGCAAACUGAGAAGUAACUUGAUUACACUGUACGACCACUUUGAUAGGGAGAAAAUGUCAGUACUAUGGAACUCCUUAAACUAGCCAGAAAGUUUCAAGAAUUCCUGUCCAGAAGGUAAAGUCAGGCACAAUGAAAUAAUAAAUGUAGCAUAAAGGGUUUUUUUAACUGUAGGUGACAAUCUUUUAGAGUAAGUUCUACAAAAAUUGAAGAAAUUUUUGUUUCUUUGACAAGUUCAGAUAAAGUUUGGAGAAACUUAACAAGUUAUGUUUAGCCAAACACAAGCAACUGGACUCUACAUGCAGGUAGGAAACACAGAGCCCCUGAGUAAAAUGUAAGUCUUACUAUGCAGGAGACCAGGAUCAAUGCCAAAUAAUCCUUUUGACUUUAUGUCAUAGGAACAUAAUUAACCAGGAUCUUGGAUCACCCUUAUAUCUUGAACAGACACAUAAGCAAGCAUUUCAGAAGUCUCAGAUCACUUUAAAUGCUCUGUAUCUACUGCUAAAAAACAAGAGCAAUGGCCAAAAAAGGCAAAAUCUAGACCACAUGUUUGCAGUGAGAGUUUUGUUAAUGUAAAAGCUCAUAAUACUCUUCAGAUUUUCUGGCACAUCUACUGUAUGAAUUUAAUUGUUCUUAGAAAAAAACAAUGCAUUAAUAGUACAGAAAAAGCAAUUAUGUAUCAUUAGAUUAAAUCAUAAUACAUUAAUUAAGAUAAAUAACCUGUUUUUUCUUCUGCAUCAUGAGAAAUUCAUUUGCCUUGGCCUGUUCUUCUCAUGGAUACAAUAUCUUCAGAGAUAAUCUUCUGUAUCUUCAAAAGGACUUUUUACUUUCCAUGUGGCCUUAGAAGGCCUAGUUCUGUCUUCAUUUUGAGGUUGCUGAAAAAAAUGACUGGUUGUUCUUGGACUGCCUUGACCAUCAUGAAUUUAUGAAAUAUAUUACAUAAGAUACUAUAAAAACAAGGCUAAAUUCCCAUACACCAAAGGAAUCAAACAGAAAAUGGACGAGCCUGCAAACAACAUGAAGCAAACUUGACACAAAACAGAUAUUUCACUGUGUACAAACAAUAGCCCUUGGCUGAUAAACGGAAAGAAGUUUUAAGGUUGUUUGUAGUGUCAUGAGAUCAUGUCUUGCAGAAUCACAGGUCUCCAUCAAACUAUUGGGCAUUUUCUGAUUGCAUGUGAAGGGACUGUAUAAAAGAUUUGUGAGAUGUUAUUUGCUAAUAGCUAAUAGAGUGAAUUUGUUCUAGAUCUGUAUUUUCUAGUCUUGCUGGAAACAGUGUAAACUUCUGCGUCCCUAAGAAAGCUUCUCUCUGUGUUGGCAAGGAAAUGAUAGAAGAAUGUAAUUAAGCAAGGAUGACCCUAAAGUGAAAUGUGGAUUCUUUACAAUAUACAAUGUCCUUCCCACCAGCCACAUGUGUUUGUCAGAUGUUUACAGAAUCUUCAUUAACUAAGAGCUUUGCUAGAUAACAGAAGCUGAAGCAUGGCAUCAAUGGCUCUGAUAAGGACAAGUGUACGACCAAUCUGCUUGACAACUGACAAGAGGCUGGGGUUUGAAACAGACUGCAAAAAGAACACAAGAAAGUGAUUUGCAAAGGGCAUUCCAGUUGUUUGCCUUACAUCUUCUUUCCUCUGUCUGUAUUGAAACAAGACUGUAAUCAGCUAAAAUACCCUUGUGCUCUUGUCCACCAGAAAGUAAAUAUAGAAGAAAUGCAUUGUUUUGGAGUAUUAGCUGCACUGUCUGUUUUCAACAUCAUUGCUUGUUUGACAAGAGGCAAGCCUUUGGAAGACUGGGACAGGCUAUCAGCUGUGGGAAAGUCUGAUGCACGCUUUCAUGAUCCUAGGGAAGAUGAGACCCAUUUCAACUUUAAAUCUUUCCUGGAGAAUAUGAAGAUGGAUUUACUAAGGAGUUUGAAUUUGUCAAGAGUCCCCUCACAAGUGAAGACUAAAGAAGAACCACCACAGUUCAUGAUUGAUUUAUACAACAGAUAUGCUGCAGACAAGUCCUCCAGCCCUGCAUCCAAUAUUGUAAGGAGCUUCAGUACUGAAGAUGUUGUUUCUUUAGAUUCACCAGAAGAAAACCCAUUUCAGAAACACAUUUUGUUCUUCAACAUCUCUAUUCCACAAUAUGAGGAAAUCACCAGAGCGGAACUGAGAAUUUAUAUCUCCUGUCACAAGGAAGUUGGAUCUCUCUCUAGGCUGGAAGGCAACAUGGUAAUUUAUGAUGUUCUAGAUGAUGGCCACUGGGAAAACCCAGAAAGUACCAAAUCUUUCCUUGUCUCCCACAAUAUCCAGGAAUGUGGUUGGAAGAUGUUCGAAGUGUCCAGCGCUGUGAAAAGAUGGGUCAGGGCAGACAAGCUGGAGACUAAAAAUAAGCUAGAGAUUGUUAUAAAGAGUAAAGCUCUGAGUGGUUUUACUUGUGGGAAGCUGGAUAUCAGUGUUACCCCUGACACUAAAAAUCUGCCCCUGUUAAUAGUGUUCUCCAAUGACCGCAGCAAUGGGACAAAAGAGACCAAAGUGGAGCUCCGGGAGAUGAUUGUUCAUGAACAAGAAAGUGUGCUCAAGAAAUUAGGAAAGAACAACACUUCAUCUGAAGAAGAACAGCAGGGAGAGGAAAAGGCCAUCCCUGGAUCCCACCUGCAUUCCUCCAGAAACAAGAGAAGCAUUGGAGCCAACCACUGCAGGAGAACUUCCCUCCAUGUGAACUUUGAAGAGAUUGGCUGGGAUUCCUGGAUCAUUGCACCAAAAGAUUAUGAAGCUUUUGAGUGUAAAGGAGGUUGCUUCUUCCCUCUGACAGAUAACGUCACCCCAACAAAACAUGCUAUUGUCCAAACUCUGGUGCAUCUCCAAAACCCCAAAAAAGCCUCCAAGGCCUGUUGUGUUCCAACCAAACUGGAUUCAAUCUCCAUUCUUUAUAAGGAUGAUGCUGGUGUGCCCACUUUGAUAUAUAACUAUGAAGGGAUGAAAGUGGCAGAAUGUGGCUGCAGGUAGUAUAUAAGGCAGAAUCUCUAAGAAUAGGAACAUCCCCUUUUCCUGUCCUGUGUAAAUCUGUACAAUAGUGAUGCAAAUGAAGACCGUUGCAAACAAGGUUUGAGCAGGGUAUGGGGCUGGUUGUUGUUGUUGCUGCUUGUUUUAAAGGAAAACUGGCAUUUAAAGAAUGGCAAUCACUGUAAAUAGCCUGCAUUAUAUAUCAUGGCAAAAAGAAUACUGGAUUAAAAUAUUGUGAGAUUGAAUGAAUAAGCAUUAUUUGGUGACAGUGAUACAAUGUCAAUGCCUUAUUUCAAACUUUCUGUUUAAUCAACUGUAUUUAGGUCACAAACUAGAGGAUUUUCAAUGGGGGUUUAGGAUGUCCUGCAAAUGUUUAACAGCUCUUGAAAUCUAAUUCUCCCAGUCAACUCUGACAUUUUCAACUUCUCUAAAACUCAGUAAAUGGAAUGUUGUCUGCAUGAUAAAGUCAGGAAUCUAAAUUCAGGAAGCCUUUUCUCAUAUCAGUAAUCUCAGAGGCUUUUACAGGGAAAUGAUUUGUUCCUGUAAGUGAAGAUUUGCAGUAUUCAAAACAGAAGAGACUCUCACUUAUUUCAUUCCCAAGUUUCCUUCUGUGGGUAGCAGGUGCCUUAGUUUCAGCUUUCUUAUCCUCAACGUCCCUAUUUUUACCCCUUUAUGGCACAUACUUGAAUGAUAAGAAGUGCAGCCUUCCGCUUCUAAGACACUGUUUCCUAGGAGGAACAGCAGCUCUUAUCGCCGCACAAAGAUAAGGAGCCACUUUGACCUACUGCAUAUUCUUAGUAUUUCUUUGCAAGAACAUGCAGUCAAAUGAUGUCCAGCCUUAGAAGCUGUAUCCUAAGAGCAGUGGGGGUUGAAAGAGCUCAGCACUGAAAAGCCCAGGCUGCUUAUUUAGAAGCAUACAUUUGUUGUUCAAGGUCUGCUAUGAGGUUCUGAUUUUUUUUUUUAUUUCUUCUUAGGAGAAACUCUGUUUUACAUACGAAAUUCUUUCACCCCUUAGAAGCCUGGGAAAAAUGGAAAACUUCUAUCUGUGUUCUAUUCUGCUGUAUGAGAAAUAUACUAUCAUGCUGUCAUUCUUCUGACUUCAGUUGUAUUUUCACUAAACAAGGACCCCAUCUUUCCUGAAAUUAAAGUAAACUUCCUUUGAUGCUAAUGAAGGUUUUGCCUGUAAAAGGACAAACUGCCUUCCAUUGGUUGCAGGUGACAGGUGUAAGUGCUGUACAACGUCACUGCAGUACACCUCACUUCUACUCCUUCACCACCUCCCACACACACACACAUCUACCUAAGAACACUUUUGAAUCAAAUCCAUAACGAACUACACAUCAAUUCAAAGUGUUGAAGAACAUUGAUGAGGCAAAAACCUAAACAGUACCUUAAUGUAUGGAAGGAACAGAAUUUAAAUCGAUACAUAUGUUUUGAAUUAGGACAGCCUGUGGGCAAGACGAAUUCAUUCGGCAUGAGCAGGUCAGCUUGAAAUCCAAUACACAGUUUAUUUACUACUGUUAACCUAAUACAGAGCAAAGAGCAGGUGAGUGUGAGCAGAGCAGCUGUAAUUCCAUCAAGAACUGCUGGUUAGAUCACAAACCAUGAGCACAAAGCACGAUUCACUAGAAUUCUUGAACUGAUUUAUAGUCUUUUUCUUUAGAACUGGUCUGCAAUUGGAUCAGAUCUGAGAUCUGGGUCCAUGCAAACUCCAUACUUCCCUAGCUGCAUGCCAUUAACCUCUCAAGCUUCCCACGGCGGUAAUCAUUUUACCACUCCCCACUGGCUUCUGUUAUCUUACAGUUAUCAUUACAUCUUCCUCCUGCCAGAGCCCCCUGUAUUCUCUCCCUAUUUUGUUCCUGUCUCCUAAGCUCCUGACAUUUUGCAAAACUUCUCUUAAUCAAGUAUCAGAAAUGGCCAAACGUGCACUUGGUGUGAUCACAUUAGAAGACUUAUUGACCCUCAUGUCAAUGUAAUUGUAGCAAAGUCCCCUCCAGUGAUCCCAUCUGGAACACAAGGUCCCAGUUAUAUUUUGGCUUCACUGAAUUCAGGACUUUGUCCAUAAUUAAAUGAAAAAUGGAGAAGGAGAAAAACCUGUUCCCACAUCUUCACAGAGAGAAAUUUUCAAGAAUCGGGGGGGUGGGGGUGUUACAUUCUGAAGUCAAACUUUGAUCUAUAUUUCCCUUAUUUGGAUGGGAAAAAAAAUACCCAAAACCACUUUUGGCUCAAAACCUCAGCUCCUAGAUAUGCCAUCAGAAUUCCAGAGAAGACCUACAGAUCCCAUCCCAAAACUGGACUAUAAGUCGCUUUUGUAUUUCAAUGAAAAAAAUCAACUGAGGUUCCAGCCAGCUUCAAGGAUCAUGUUCCCAUUGGCUUAACAUUUUGGUUGGCAUGGUAGUAAAAUGAAACAUGAAUCUUUCCACAGGGUGAUGAACAGGGUCAAGAAGAAAUGAGAACCUAGUAGUGACUACAGCUGCUGCUACCUUCAGCAUGGUUGAAGUGUGUGUCAAAUUGAUGUUUGGCUUUAUAUUUAGCAGUUUGAUUUAUGUAGCUUUGCACUUCAUUUUAAGUAAUUGUUUGAGCUUGCUCAUGUUUCAACUGCUUUGGGAUGCAACAAGUCAGCCAGGUGGUCAUGAUGGUUCUAGAGAGUACACAGGCUGUGAAGAACAGGUAAGCAUCUUGCCCCUGCUUCAAGCUGGGCCCCACUGGACACUGAGACACCCCCCUCCCAUCACUGGGUUAUGAAUGUUGACCAGCAGCUUGCUGUUACUGAGGAGCAGGUUGGGGCUUGUGCAGUGUUCAGCAGACACACAGUUAAAAUUAAAACUUAUUUGUUUAACAUAAA